UCUCCUUACCUGUUUAGCGAGAAGCUACGCCCGGUCUGACACGUCUACGUUAAGUUAUUGUGUUUUAUAAACAAAUAUUUAUGCAAAUAUGUAUCAGUUGUUUACGAUCACCUUCUGUACUGGGAGUAUGUUGAAGUGGACAACAUAUAGCCUGUUCGGUCAGACCUGCUAAAAACACUCAAACGGCUCUCAAAAUGGAUUUCCAGAAGCUGCUCUUAGAUGUAGGGAAGGACAUAUCUGGGGACGAUGUAAAAGCUCUUGCAUAUCUUUGCACUGACCUCCUGGACCGAAACCAGACCUCAGUGGAGGCCAGAGACCUCUUCCGUCGUCUGCAAGAUAAAGACCACCUCUCUGCGGAGCGACCACACCUGGUGAAGGAACUUCUCCUCAUCAUCCAACGCAACCGUCUGAUCCGAGACCUCGGACUCUACGACUUUACAACCAGCAACCUCAUCUCUCCUUACAGAAAGCUGCUUUACAACCUGUCUGAGGGAAUUACUGAUGACGACUUGAGAAAUGUAAAGUUCUUGUUAAUCGGAAAGCUUGACCGUAGAAAACUGGAGGAAAAUGUUUCUACACUGGAGGUCUUCCUGGCGAUGGAGCACAUGGACCUCAUCAAUGACACUAAUCUAAAGCUACUGGAGACCAUUGUCCAAUCAGUCUGUCCCACGUUGAAAGAGAACAUCAACCGCUUUAAAGCACUGCAGGAAACUAACAUCAGCCCUUCAGCUGAAGAAACAGGUCGGCAAAGAUCAGUGUCCUUCCCAAAUGAUCAAAACCAGGUCCCUCAAUCUUUAGAUCUUGAGACGGCUGCCUCACGUCAACUAGCAGAAAUAUUCUCUUCAAUGAAUGAGGUUUUGGGAAAAUAUCCCAUGACUGCAGCAAAAAGAGGAAUCUGCUUGAUUGUGAACAACUACAAAUUUGCUCCAGGUCUCAAGCCACGGGAGGGCACCAAUUUGGAUGCAGAGUGUCUGUGGAAAGUGUUUGAAUGGCUCGGCUUUGAGACGGUGUUGGAGAAGGACCUUAAAGGGAAUGAGAUUCUGUCCGUGAUGCUGGAGCUCGGCGGAAGGGACCACAAUCAGAUGGAUUGUCUGGUUUGCUGCAUCCUCAGCCACGGCAAAGAGGGGAGUGUUCACGGUGUGGACGGUCAACCUGUCUUGAUCAAGAAACUGAUGGAAAGUGUCAAUGGAUCCCAUUGCCCCUCUUUGGCAGGGAAACCCAAGCUCUUCUUCAUCCAGGCCUGCCAGGGCACCAGUGAGCAAAAGGCUGUUUACAUUGAGGCUGACGGUCCUGCAGAA